AUGUGGCUUAUUUCAGCGAUUUUAAUAGUUUGUGUGAUUAAAGUAUUGGUUGAUUGGUACAGACCCAAAAAUUUUCCUCCAGGACCUCGUGGAUUACCGUUUGUCGGGAAUAUUUUGGACGUACAGAAUUUAGUAAAACAGACUGGUUCCCAUGGAAUCGCGUGGUGUCAGUUGGCGAAGCAAUAUGGCUCCGUCGUGGGACUGCGUCUGGGCCUGGCAGAUCCGCUGAUCAUCGUUUCCGGCCGGGAGGCCGUUAUGGAGAUGCUAGGGCGACAGGAGUUCGACGGCAGGCCGAAUGGCUUUAUAUUUGCUCACAGAACUAUGGGGGAGAGGCGAGGGGUUUUGUUUACUGACGGAAAAAUUUGGAAUGAUCAGCGAAGAUUCUCUUUGAGAAAUUUGAGAGAUUUCGGAUGGGGCACUCAAACGAUGGAGGAAUUGAUAUUAGAAGAUGCGGUGAACCUGAUAAAAGUUAUCGCCGAAGCUGCAAAAAAAGGAGUCAUCGAAAACUUGAGUCAAUUCACCUCUUUAGCAGUUCUUAACAGCAUUUGGUCUUUGAUUGGGGGUUUCAGGUACGACAUAUCAAAAGGCGACCCAAAAUUAGUAGAAACCCUAAAAAUGCUGAAUGCGGCUGUGAAAGAAUCUAGUGUCUCCGGCGGUUUGCUGAAUCAUCUCCCAUUUCUGAGGCACAUAGCACCCCAGUUCUCGGGUUACAAAGCCAUUACGGAAAGACUACGUCUUAUGUGGUCAUUCUUUGCCGACGAGGUAACAUCACACAAAGACACACGUCAGUCCGGGGUUCACAGGGACCUGAUCGAUGUGUAUCUAGAAGAGAUCGAGGCGAGGCAUGGGGACCCCACCUCAACAUUCAAUGAAAUGCAACUUGUGGCUCUUAUAAAAGACUUCUUCAGUGCUGGAGUCGACACAACGACCAAUAGCAUUGGCUUCGCCAUCGGAUACCUGGCGAUCACACCGGAAGUGCAAGAUAAAGUCCAGGAGGAAUUGGAUAGAGUAUUAGGAAGAGAGAAUUUACCAUCUGUAGCCGCUCGACCAUCGCUGCCUUAUAUGAAUGCAACACUCGCGGAGGUUCUGAGAUUGGCAAAUAUCGGACCUACUUCGAUUCCACACAGAGCUGUUGUGGACACUCAGCUCAAGGGCUAUGAUAUUAAGAAGGAUUCUAUGAUGCUGGCGAAUUUAAUGAGUGUCCAUCAGGACAAAGAGCACUGGGGUGAUCCCGACGUUUUUCGACCUGAGAGGUUUCUUGAUGAAAAUAAUCAGUUCAUUAAUGAUCCUUGGGUUGUCGCUUUCGGGGCAGGUCGAAGAAAAUGUUUGGGCGAAGGUCUGGCGAGAAAUAGUCACUUCCUCUUUGUCUCGUGUUUACUUCAGAAAUUCAACUUUUCACUUCCUCCGGGUCACAGUGCGCCCGCAAUGCAAGGAAUGGACGGUUUCACCCUCUCCCCGCCAGUUUUCGAUAUCAUCGUAACCCCCAGACCAUUGUAAUAGUAUUGUAAUAGUCAGACGCAUGUACUCUAUUUAUUCGUAUAAAAAGUUACAGCUUAGUGCUCUUGA